AUGGCAGUCACUGGAGUCAGUGAAUCCCUGCAUGCUUAUGAUGAGAGUUCAAAUGUCAAGCCACUGAAAACUGCUCACACUAAAAAAAGUGCUGAUAGAGAUGAAGGCAUUAUGCUGGGGGAUCUGAGGUUGCUAAGGCCAUUCAAAUGCGACCCAAUGCAUGGGCCUCAUCCUUCAUUCCCUGAUAUGCUGAAGAGUGUGAGAGAGAAGAUUGACUUGGGUGAAUUCUUGCGUUGGCUUGAAAAUCACAAGAGACAGCUUGCAAGAGGUCAAUCUAUAGUUCCUGAAAAUGAAGAAUCUGAAUCGUCUGAUGCAGAUGACUAA